UGGAAUAGUUUCAAGCAAUAUCGUUAAGACCUGUUCAGGUGUUGGUAAAAUGGAAUUAAACGAAAUAAGAAGGGAUCCUUCACAGCCGCUGAACGCUGUUCGUAUCGCCGCGAAUGGUGUCCCCGGCGCUCCCAAUGCUCCCAAACCUCAAGACUUCAUUCCUCCUCCCGUGCACCAUCACGGACAUCGUCAUAAACGGAGAUGGUACCAUUUCUGCUACGAUAAAGAAAAGAAAACCGUUUGCGACAGAACUUGCGCUAGCUGGCUGGCUAUAUUGGCUUACUCUAUUUUCUACAUCAUAUUUUUGUGCGUGUACACAUUGAUUUUUCUUUAUGCGUCCCUGUGUAUCAUUAAAAGUCUCCAAGUUUAUAAUACGGAGCCUGCACCCUUCAUCUUAUAUGACGGGCCUAGUAAUAUAGGCUUAACUGCCAUACCGACUGCUGUGAAUUAUAAAAUGUCGCUUAUUUCGUACAAGGAUAAUGAUUAUGUGAAAUACAUCGAAACUCUGGGAAAUACCGUCAGUAAAAGACAAUCGGAGGUAAUCAAGCAGCUCGGACCUUGCGGAGUAGCACCUUUUGGGUACGGAGACACGCCUUGUGUUCUUGUAAAAAUAAACAAACAUUAUGGCUCCAGCGCGUUACCUCUGAGACCAGGAAGUCUUAAUUCCAGCGACAUUCCGCCUACGAUAAAGCCAUGGGCAAGCAUGGCUUCCAAGCUUUGGUUGCAAUGUAGCGGCAUUAGUCCUCAUGAUACGGAACAUAUGGGCACAGUGAAGUACUACCCGGACCCUCCAGGAUUCGACCCAGGGACAUAUUCUCCGAGCAACGGCUCCGAUACAGGUCUAAUAGGAGUGCAAUUGUCUAAUUUUACAAAGGGACUGGCUUUGUCGAUUGAGUGUAGUUUGUAUUACGAAGGCGGUAAAUCUACGGUGGAUUUUGUGCUUUACGUUAGCAAUUCAAAAACAGUAGCAUAAGAAUUAAUUUAGGUUCUUGUAACACAAACAUUAUGUAGAUAUACGCCAAAUUUAGCUUUCGUUAUUCCUACCCGUUACUAUACUGGGUACGUAGCCGAAUGGCACAAACGCUCACGAAACGAAACGCUCGUAGAUAUCUAUCUCUAUCGCUCUCACGUAUUGGCGCGACAGAGCCAGACUACCUUUCGCGGCGUU